CCGCGGAAAAGUGAAAGUGUCUGCCAGCCGAGGUCGCGCAUUGGGGGGGCGGGGCCGGCGCGGACCUGGGAGCGGGCGCCGGGUGUUCCAGGGGCCAUGGAUGGGCUCGGCCGCCGCCUCCGAGCCAGCCUGAGACUGAAGCGCGGCCGUGGGGGACCUCCCCAGGAUAAUCUGGGGGAAGUUGUAAAGGAACCAGAAAGGGCCCAGGAGCACUGUCUACCCAACUUUGCCGGAGGGCAGCACUUCUUUGAAUACCUCCUCGUGGUUUCUCUCAAAAAAAAGCCUUCGGGGGAUGAUUAUGAGCCCACAAUCACCUACCAGUUCCCCAAGCGAGAGAACUUGCUUCGGGGACAACAGGAGGAGGAGGAACGGCUGCUCGGAGCCAUCCCCUUGUUUUGCUUCCCAGAUGGGAAUGAGUGGGCCCCACUCACUGAGUAUCCCAGGGAGACCUUCUCGUUUGUCCUGACCAACGUGGAUGGCAGCAGGAAGAUUGGAUACUGCAGGCGCCUCUUGCCCGCCGGCCGUGGUCCUCGCCUCCCCAGGGUGUACUGCAUCAUCAGCUGCAUUGGCUGCUUCGGCUUGUUCUCCAAGAUCCUGGAUGAAGUGGAAAAGAGGCAUCAGAUCUCCAUGGCAGUCAUCUACCCAUUCAUGCAGGGCCUCCGAGAGGCAGCCUUCCCCGCUCCUGGGAAGACCGUCACCCUCAAGAGCUUCAUCCCCGACUCAGGCACUGAGUUCAUUUCGCUGACGCGGCCCCUUGACUCCCACCUAGAGCACGUGGAUUUUAGUUCUCUGUUGCGCUGUCUCAGUUUUGAGCAGAUUCUUCAGAUCUUUGCCUCUGCAGUGCUGGAGAGAAGAAUCAUCUUCCUGGCAGAAGGUCUCAGCACACUGUCUCAGUGCAUCCAUGCUGCUGCGGCGCUGCUCUACCCCUUCAGCUGGGCCCACACCUACAUCCCUGUUGUCCCCGAGAGCCUUCUGGCCACUGUCUGCUGCCCCACUCCCUUCAUGGUUGGAGUCCAAAUGCGCUUUCGGCAGGAGGUUAUGGAGAGCCCCAUGGAAGAGGUCCUGUUGGUGAAUCUUUGUGAAGGAACCUUCUUAAUGUCAGUUGGUGAUGAAAAAGACAUCCUACCACCCAAGCUUCAGGAGGACAUCUUAGAAUCUCUUGGUCAGGGGAUCAAGGGGUCACAGACUUCUGAACAAAUCAAUGAGCAUGUUUCAGGCCCUUUUGUGCAGUUCUUUGUCAAGACUGUGGGCCACUACGCUUCCUACAUCAAGCGGGAAGCAAAUGGGCAAGGCCACUUCCAAGAACGGGGCUUCUAUAAGGCUCUGACCUCCAAGGCCAACCGCCGAUUUGUGAAGAAGUUUGUGAAGACACAGCUCUUUUCCCUUUUCAUCCAGGAAGCUGAGAAGAGCAAGAACCCUCCUGCAGGCUAUUUCCAACAGAAAAUACUUGAAUACGAGGAACGGAAGAAACAGAAGAAACCAAAGGAAAAGACUUUGAAAUAAGAGCUGUGGUGAACAGCAGUGACUAGACCUAUAGGCCAGUUGUGGACUUUGGCCCCUGCCAGCAUGGUAGGAUGUGAAGCUCUCAGCCCCCAGAAUCCACAGCCUUCUUCCGAGUCCUGGUAACCAGGUCUUGCUUCAAGUUGGUGUCCUGAGUUUGGGAUCCCUGGAAUCAGCUUUCUCAAGACUUUGGAAGGCUCUGACCUCUGUGCUCACAGAGCUGGGCACAAAGCUGCCUUUCCUGCAGAGGUGACACCGGGCAGGAGACAGUAGUAGAGGUGUUGUAGAGUCUUACAAGUUGCUGUAACUGCCCUCUUCCAGGAACCUCUUACAAAAUCCUCAACAGGGAAAGCAGUUGUGGCCCAAAGGCUCAGUUUCUCCACAU